CAGGAAUCAUAACAUUGCAUUUUGAAGUCUCUUUUACUCAUCCUGAUAUCAUUUAAUGUGAGCUUUUUGAUGUCGCUGUGUCCAUGCGGGCUGUCUCUAAACAUCUUUGAGAAGAGGAAGAUACCGGAGCUGUGAAAUAAAUCCCGGUUCAGAGCCGUGAAAACAUGCUGCUGCUGAAAGCUAAGAAAGCUAAAUACCAGCAGCUGCUACUAUCCUCAGCUAGCAAAUGGCUGCUCGGCUGUGAUGUCUGUCACUGUGCAAAAUGACAAGAAGACGACCAAAACAGUAGUGAAGCUGCUAGUAGCGUGUGUCCUGUACAGUGAAAGCGUUGACAGCUAACAGCAUGUGACACAAACACAAACACACACACACACACAGAAGCGCUCUGCUCACCAAAAAAAAAAAAAAACGUUGGUUUCAAAGAUGCCUCGUCUGGAAGAGUUGGCCAACGUUGCCCUCAGGGUGCCAAGCAUACUGGUGCUGGAUCUGCUUUAUAAAUGUGACAUUGAAGGAUUAACGGAGCAUCUUAAGGCCAAAAAUGAAGACAUGCUCUUCAAAUACAAAUAUGUCAUCUGGAACAUGUAUUACCUUGGUCAUGUGAUCAACGCGGUGGUGUUAGUUCUGCCAUUGAGACACAUUGUGACGCUCUACCUCCAUAUUCUUGCUGCCCUCCUGCUAUACAUGGGGCAUCAGAUUUCCAAGGAUUAUGUUCGUGAGGAGCUGCAGUAUGGUUAUGAAGGCGCAGUGUACCUGGACUCUCUGGCCUUCAACAGAUUCGUCUCUGCACUGACGAGUCAGAUCAUUCUUAGCACGCUGUGUGCCUUCCUGAUGAAGACCAGAAAGGUGUGGCUGUUCUCCGUGCACAUGCUCCCCCUGCUGGUCCGACUCUGCGCUGCUACUCCUCACGCCACGCUGCUAAUCGUCAACACUUUCUCCAUGGGACUGACCGGAGCGGGGAUCGCCGUGUUCCUCCUCUCAAAUCUCUUCGUGCCAUAUCGCCUCGCAAAGGCUGCCUACUCACAGCUGCUUCAGCUGGAGGUGAUCGAGCUGUACAGACUUCUAGCUGUGGGAAUCUCUCUGUGGAACCAGUUUGCCGUCCCAGUGCUCUUCAGUGUCUUCUGGUUCGUUCUGUUCGUCGUGCAGCUGUGCUCAGACGCCAUGUCUGGUAGCGCCUCCUCAGUCCAUCAGGGAAUCAUGUUCUUCCUGCUCACAAGUGUUUCUGAAUGUUGUGCCACACCAUACUCUCUUCUGGGUUUGACCUUCGUGGUGUCCUAUCUGGCGCUCGGGCUGCUCAACCUAUGCAAGUUCUACCUGGGAGGUUACGCAGCUGUUCAGAAUGAGAACGUUAUGCACAGAGGUGUGACUGAGGGCGUCACUCUGCUCCUCCUCGCCCUCCAGACGGGCCUGCUAGAUAUGCAGGCACUGCAGCGCACCUUCCUCCUCAGUAUCAUCCUCUUCAUCGUGGUCACUUCGACUCUGCAGUCAAUGAUUGAGAUAACAGAUCCAGUCAUUCUGGCCCUGGGUGCUUCCCGUAACAGGAGUCUCUGGAAACACUUCCGCGGCCUCAGCAUGUGUCUUCUCCUACUAGUUUUCCCAGUGUUUAUGGCCUAUAAAAUUUCUCAGUUCUUCCACAUGGACUUCUGGCUCCUUAUUCUGGUGUCAAGCUGCAUGCUUACUUCACUUCAGGUUACAGGCACUAUGCUGAUCUACUCCCUCUUCAUGGUCGAGCUGUUUCGCACGGACCCGAUCGAAAGCCUGGACGAAGUGAUCUACUGGGUGAACGCUGUCAGCAGGGUGCUGGAGUUUGUGGUGGCCCUCUGCGUGGUGGCGUACGGCACGUGGGAGUCGCUGUUUGGAGAGUGGAGCUGGAUGGGAGCCUCUGUCAUUAUCAUCCACUCUUACUUUAACGUGUGGCUCAGAGCUCAGUCUGGCUGGAGGAGCUUCCUGCUCCGACAGGAAGCCGCUAAGAAGAUCAACUCCCUCCCCAGAGCCACGGCUCAGCAGCUUCAGCAACACAACGACGUCUGCUCCAUCUGCUUCCAGGAAAUGAGCUCUGCUGUGAUCACCAGCUGUGGACAUUUCUUCCAUGGCAACUGCCUCCGCAAGUGGCUGUAUGUGCAGGAGACCUGCCCCAUGUGCCACCAAACGGUCCGACCCACAACUUCAGGUCAGAGCCAGGCUUCGGGUGACGCUCCAUCAGCACCGCCUCCGGGAGACGCAGGGCCAGAUCCGAAUGCACAAGAAGAAGAGCAGAAUCUGGACAACAGCACAUCCCAACAGACAGAGAGCGAUUUGGUUAAUCCUUCUCCCCCCGAGCAGCUGGAGGAGACGGAAAACAUUGGGGACGGAGAUUGUAGGACAGCUGAUAAAGACCAGUCAGCUGAAUCUUACAGGAAGGCCGUCCAAGGUCUUCGUUUCAGCUCCAGUGGAGACUUUGUUGGCUUCGUCAGUCCCGUCGCAAGCUGCACUCCUGCAAGCGUUUUUAGUUCUCAUGUGCUGCCGGAUGAAACUUUUAACAUGCACAACCCAUGUGAGGAGAAUGGCGUGGAGCAGUGUGGAAAUGCUCAGGUCAGGUUUAGGCUACCACAGCUGGCUCCUGGUGCUGUGUAUGAGGACGCUUUUGAGAGCAGAUCUGACUCUAAAGGAGUAGGAUUUGAAGACAGCUCUGCUUCCUGUUCUUCAGUGCCCCAAAACGGCGAUGGUAAAUACGACAUUUGUGUCGGGACACAUAAAUCAUGGAACAGCCUUGAUUUACUAGAAACAAACAAUUAUAAUGACAAUCCUGAGGCUCUCUUUUUAGAGAGUGAUAACCAAAUGUCUGUCAGACUAUGUCAUGAAAACUCAGAACUCUUAGACUCUGUAGAGCGUCCUCAAAGUCAUAACGGUAACUGCUUGUAUUCAGACUUCGACCAAGGCUCGCUCAGAGAAGCCGAACCUGUCUCACAGAUCCCUCGGCGUUCUUCGGAUGCCACUUUCUCUUGCACAAGCACAGACCACACAGACUGACUGCCCUGCAUCAGUGCCUUGACGGGUGUAAAAGGGUGAUCCUCCACAUUUGCCUUCUCUCUGUAAACCAAUACAAAAAAAAGUAUCCUUUACCAGACAGUAUAAUGAAUGUUUAUCAAAUAACAUACAUCAGGAUUGAAUUUAGAGACAAAAUUGCGUUGACUGAAAAUGAUGCACUCAUUGUGUACAAGUGUACAGAAAUUGUAAAGUAAAAAUUUAAAAAUAAAUAGAAAUUACGUGUUAAUAUAAAGCAAUUAUCUUUAAUUCUAACAGGUUACAGGUAAAAAUGUUUACUUAAGAGAAACUAAAUGGAGUCUAAUUAAUUUUUAUUUCUUUUUUUCUCUUCAUCGUCCUGGUCGUCGUCAUGUGUGGCAUCUUUGUGAAAGCGACGUGACAAAAGAAAAAGCUUGAACAGUUGUCUUUGUUAUUCAUGGAUCGGCCUUUUGUACUUUAAAGGUUCUCGUGUCCAUCAGUUUUAAUUUACAGCUGUGAACGUGUACUUUUCUUUCUGUCUUUCUUUUUUUUUUUACUGAAGUCUCUCUCUAUUAAUAAAACCAUGACAGGUGCACAAUG